AUGAGCCGACUUUUAAAUACUCUUAUCCUUCUCAUGAGCUUGGGAUUAAAAGCCCACAGUUUGCAUGAUCGGGGCAUAGUCCAUGGACUUGAAAAUAUUGAACCAUCAGCCAAACUCACAUGGACACCAUGUUUCGAUGCCUUUAAUUGCUCGAGACUGGAAGUUCCUCUGGAUUAUUCAAACAGAAGUCUUGGCACAACGUCGAUUGCCUUCAUCAAGCUUGCUGGGAAAAAUGCCACAGUCGAGUCUCCAAGCAUUGUCCUCAUUCCGGGCGGCCCGAGUGGUUCUGGUGUCGACUUACUCCUCACAUAUCAGAAUCUUAUUGGGCAGAUGUUUGGAGAUCAGUACAACUUCAUCUCGUUUGACCCUCGUGGUGUGAGCAACAGUGGCUUGCAUCUCGACUGCUUCUCGGAGGACGUCAAAGCAAGAUCGGCUUUCUAUCAACUACACAGAACAGGCGUUACCAAUGUCUCAUCGGCAUCGCUCGAGGAACAGUACUAUUCGAGCUCUAUUUACGGCAAGUGGUCCAACCAUGCUGUCGAGAACAACUCACCCCAUUCAUAUCAUGUGACAGCAGUUGCCCAUGAUCUGCUUACCUUUAUCGAAGCUGAGGCUGAGAUGACCGGUCAGUCACCAUCAAACGCCAAAUUGUGGUGCUAUGGCAUCAGUUACGGCACUGUCAUCGGCAGCACUUUUGCUUCCAUGUUUCCUGACCGCGUUGGGAGAAUAAUACUCGAUGGUGUUCUGAACGCAGAGCAAUAUUAUCACAACUAUUGGACGGACAAUGUUGAUCAAAUGGACGAGGCCAUGGAAGCAUUCUCAACGUUCUGCCAUUCCGCUGGGCCCGGAAAGUGCUCAUUUUGGGGACCGACAGCGGCCGAUAUCACGGCGAGAAUGGAUGGCAUCAUGCGCCAGCUUCAGAACCGUCCAGUUCCGAUGAGCGGAGGCGAAGAUGCAGACCUGCCGACAAUGGUCACCUAUUCAGAUCUGAAGUCUCUUUUUCUCAACACACUCUACACCCCACUCGCAAGUUUUCCAAGCAUGGCCGACAUCCUACACCAGGCCGAGCGGGGAAAUGUGUCUGCCCUUGCAGGCAUGUAUAAGCAGUCAAACUCUAUAACCGAUGCCCGCCUCGCCAUCACAUGCACCGAUUCGUAUCGGAGGAACAGACUGACUACUAUUGAGGAGUUCAAGAUUCGGGCAGAGUACAUGGUUUUCAAGAGCAAGUACAUCGGUGACAUCUACCCAAUCUUCGUAGAAGGUAUCUUGUGCCGAUCAUUCCGACCGCAGUUACCCGAUAGCAUGGUAGUCCAAGACGAAAUAAGUGCACUAAAUAUGCCUACGUCCUUUCCGAUCCUCUUUGCAAGUAACACCAUCGACCCUAUCACGCCGUUGACUUCGUACGUUUCCACCAAAUCGCAUCGCCAUUGGCCGCGCAAGAUGUCUUCUCGGUUUGCCGGAUCGGUACUUUUAAUGCAAGAAGCCGUUGGUGUAAGUCUAGUAAAUCACAAUCCUACAGCCACCUUGACCAAGAGUCUAUGCUUACUUCAUACGGUCAUUGAACAGGGUGCGUCGAACUGUUAUUUUGGACAUAUUCAGGCAUACCUCCAAGGCAUAGUUCCAUCGUCCAACACCACAUGCCCGCGACAGUACAUUCCCUCCAUAGAUGUCCCACCCUUCUAA